CUCACUAAAUAAGCUUUAAUCAUUCGAAGAUUAUUUCACCAAAUACUGUUCCAGCUCUUUUCUUAAGAUAUUCCAGAAUAUCUUCAUUAUUUUACAUGAUUUUCUACUCUUCUUUUUUCAUACAGACCCUUUCCCUUUUGUUAAUGAGAAUUUCUCAUUCCAACUGCGAUAUUGAUUCUUUCUUUUACUGAGAAAAAAGUUUGAAGAACUUUGUCCUGUUUAUGAUCUGAGAUAUCUUUGUAGUUUUGUUUGCUUUCAUAUUGUAUUCAUAAUGAUCUUUGGUCUGGCGUGUCUUUUGUGAUUGAUUAUAUUCUCUUUUUGGAUCAUUUCCCCUUUAAUUAUAUUUUUAUCUACAUGCUUGUGUGGAAAUUCACCAAAAAUCUUGAAACCUCCUCUAUCUGAAGCAUAGAGAUUAAUAUAGUCAUCAAUCAUCACUCGCAUCCCAAAAUCUGCAAAUUUCACCAAUCAUUCUUCUGCAACUGUCCUGAAGAAACAUGGUUGAACGAAGCCGCAGCUUUAGAAUACCUGGAGCUGAGAAAAAUGAUCUAAGAAUCGCUCUUUAUGAGCGCAAAGAAGUUGUUGAGAGGCUCCAAGAUGAGUUGAAUGCAGAGAGAGAAGCAUCUGCAACGUCAGCUAGCGAGGCCAUGUCAAUGAUUCUUAGGCUGCAAGGAGAGAAAGCGGAGCUGGCCAUGGAAGCUGGUCAGUACAAGAGAAUGGUCGAAGAGCAAAUGUCUCACGCUGAGAUGUCGUUUGCACUCUUGGAGGAUGUGAUUUACCAGAAAGAGAUUGAAGUCACUGCUCUUGCGUAUCAAGUUGAAGUUUAUAGAAGCCAGCUUCUGAGCUUGGGGUUUAGUGAUUUGAGUAGCUUAGAUGCUAAGCUUCAAGAGAAUGAUGAUCUAGAUGAAAAUAUGUUGAAGAUGAAUGAUUUGUUUUUGAGUGAUAGAUCUCAAACACCCUCUCCAGAAUUGGUUACCGAUUUUUCGAUUCCCGAGGAGAAGGAAGUUAUUGAGCAAAGCUUGGAAUCACAGAAGAGUUCCUUAGAUGUGUACUGGGAGCAGAUCAAGAAACUUAAUGAGCAAGUGAAAGAGCUUACAGGUUUUAGAGAUUCUAUGAGAGAUCAGCACAGGACUUCAGUGUCUCAAUCUGGACUAAACAAGGGAGAAGAAGAUUUUGCAAGCUCGUCAAACUUUCAAGAAGAUACACAAGAAAGAAAAGAGGAAGCAAAAAAUUUGUGUAAAACUGAUGACACCAUGGUGAUAAAGGUUGCAAAGCAGAAAAAGAUUGAAAAGAAAUCAUCAAAACAGACGAGAGACAGAAGUGGUAAGAGAAACCGUGCAGAGUAUCAAGCUGAGUUGCUGCAGUUGAGACAGAGAGUAGAACGACUUGAGAGAGGAAAAACAAACACAGAGCCUGAAACCAGUGGAGUGAUUAAGCAAGAAGAGAUAAGUCUACUUAAGGAAGUGAAGGAGGAGCAAAGUAGUUCUGUGCAGUCAUCUGAAGUAAAGAAAAGCUUGAAUACAAUGGCAAAUUUACAACCUUGGAUCGACCCAGCCAUUAUAUCUGUUCAAGAGGCAAUGCUAUACUUCUGGCUAUGAGACAAAGAAAAAAAAAAAGGCACUAGCAGAUUUUUGGUUUGUUUUGAGUGUAUGUCAUUGUGUUCUGUGUUUGUUUGCCUAAAGUCGAAAUCUGUAAAUGUUUGUAUAAAGCUCACAAAUUUUCUUUGUAGAUUGUCUUUUGAGAGACACUUUGCAAAAACACCAUCUUGUGGAUACCUAGUCGCUUUUUGUAUAUAAAUAUAUAUUGAGGAGAUAUGCAAAAGACAAGUCUGUUUUCUUGGUCCACGA